UAAAAUAAAAAAUAAUAAAAAAUUAAAAUUGGGAAUAAAAGAAGACAAACACACGUGGCGUUCUUCCCCUUUGCCUUCUUACUGGUCUGCUCCACCAUGGGAAAGUACAAAGCUCACUAUGCUUCAAUAGCUUGUAUAAAUAAGCAAUUUUAAGUAGAAAAAUCAUCAUCAUCAAGAUUCAUAUUUCUCAGAAAGCCAUGGUGUAUCAUGUUAAAGUUAUUCGUAAGAGAGCAGAGAGGCAUGAACUGAAGCGAAUGCAAAACCAUAAAGUACACGCGGGGCGGCUAUCUGCAUUUGAAGAGUUGCUUAAUGAGAUUUAUACAGUUUGCCGCCCUAAACAAAGUGAUUAUGAAGUUAGGAAAGAUUUGACUUCUGCUUUUAAUGAGAUAGCAAAGGAUAUCUAUGGACGUUCGGGAAAUGUUCCUGUUGUGGAGGAGUUUGGAUCUUUCGUAAUGGAUCUAUUCCAUUCAAAGAGUGACCUAGAUCUAUCUGUUAAUUUUGACAACAGUUCAGUUAAAUUUUCGUAUGAGAAGAAGAUUCAAACUCUCAGGAAAUUUGCGAGGAAGUUAUAUGCACUUCAAAGAUAUGGGCAUGUUUCUGGUGUUCAUCCAGUAACAGCAGCCAAGGUGCCCGUUCUGAAAGUUGUUGAUUGUGGAACAAAAAUUGAGUGCGAUAUAUCAGUUGAAAACAGGGAUGGAGUUUCAAAGUCUAAGAUAAUCCACAUGAUCUGUUCACUUGAUGAAAGGUUUCAGAAGCUGAGCUUUUUGGUAAAAAUGAAAGCUUGGGCAAAAGCGCAGAAUAUUAAUAGCUCAAGAGACAAAACUUUGAACUCAUUAUCUGUAAUACUUUUGGUUGCUUUUCAUUUGCAGACACGAAAUCCUCCAAUACUACCGCCAUUUUCUGCCAUAUUAGAAGAUGGAUCUGAUCCAGAUACGGUGGCAAAGUCGUUGAAUAAGUUUGUGAACUAUGGGAAGAGGAACAAAGAGACGGUGGCUGAGCUGCUAGUGACGCUGUUAAUGAAGUUAUUGUUGAUUGAGAAGCUAUGGGCCAAAGGACUAUGCGCAAGCACCUACGAAGCACCUUGGCUAUCUAGAACAUGGGACUCCAAAGUUUGCUGCAUCAGUGUUGAAGAUUUCACUGAUCGGUCUCAAAAUGUUGCAAGGGCUGUUGGGAAAGGAGAAGUAAAGCGCAUAUACAAGUGUAUCCAGCGUACUAGUGAAUACAUUUCUGCUUUUAUGGAUGGCAUUGUUGAAGUACCCACGUUAAAAUAUCAUUUGUUUGGCCAUGCUGCUCCCUUCCAAGAAGGAUCUCAGACAGGGAACGUUAAAGAAGAUGGAAAUAUAAUCGCUCUCCCUAUCAAGAAUAAGGAGGAUCAAAGCAAAGAUGGCCAGAAUGGAAGUCAGUUGGCUAUACCUUCCGAGUCUGUCGCGAUAAAAAGAAAAUGGUCUACCGAAGGGUUGGGAAGGAUUUACUUCAGCGAGUGAGGGACUGUCGAAGGAGAAUAGUGUACUGCCUGAGUCUCCCUGGAAAAAAGGAAAAUGGUCUACUGAAGGUUGGGAAGGAGUACGUUCAUCGAGUUGGGGACAGCCCAAGGAGGACAGUGGACCACCCGACUCUCCCUCGUCAAAAGGAAAAUGGUCUACCAAAGGCUGUGGUAAAGAAUCUUCAUCGAAUUGGGGACAGUCAAAGGGGGACGGUGUACCCCCAGACUCGUGUACCAAAGGUUGGGGAAAAGCAUCUUCAUCGAAUUGGGGACAGUCAGAAGGGGGAUGGUGUACCACCAGACUCUUUCUGGACAUAAAGAAAAAGAUCAGAUGCAACCGUGGGAGGAACUUCCUCUACUCAACGGUUGGGAAAACCAGACACAAAAAGUUGGCACAAAAAAAAGCACAACAAUAAGUAUGCAACCUAAGGCUAAGUGGUCAAAAAUCGCAGACAGGAGGUUGGGGUGGAAGCUAAAUGAAAUUGAUCUGUUCACUGUUCUCAUAGAUAUGCCUGAAAGAAGUACGUUGCGCAUAUCUAGUUGAAUCAUCUGCAAAAACUUUUACAUUCUUGCUAGGACUUUUAGGAGUAUUUUGUAUGACCUAGCUAGGUAACGUACCCAUCGUUGUCCUCUUGUUUUUGUACUGGUUCAUUAGGACAUUUUGUACAGAUUUGUGGACUCAAUGUACAUUGAUUCUACGUAUCUUAUGAACAUCAUGUAAUUUUCAAGAAAAAUGCAUUUCUGGGGAAAGUGGUAAAAAUA